UAAUAAUCAAACCCAUCUGUGUUCUUGCUGGCACGCCACAAUCGAUCCAAUCGACUCCUUCUUCUUCUUCUGCGAAGUCUUCAUCGUCGAAUCGAUUCUUCCUCUUAAACCCUAAACCCUGCGCCGUAUCCUCCCAUGUUACAGUGCUGGAGAUGGUGAUCCCAUCGCCAUGGUUGCCACGCUUGCUGCUCGCGGUGUUCGUCCUCUUCUCCGCGUCAAUGGCGGCGAUAGGGUCGGGGUACGGUUCUGAUUCGGAUACGGAUUCGGAUGUCUACGAAGUUCUGAAGAGCCACGGACUUCCGACGGGACUGCUCCCCAAGGGAGUGACGAAUUUCAGCCUGAGUAGCUCCGGCGAAUUCGAGGUGCACCUGGAUCGGGCGUGUAAUGCGUUGUUCGAGAACGAAUUGCACUACGACAUGAACAUUUCCGGCGUCCUCGGCUUCGGUAAGAUCGACGCUCUCUCGGGUAUUUCCGCCAAGGAUUUGUUCCUCUGGCUCCCCGUGAUUGCAAUCCGCGUCGAUAUCCCUAGCUCCGGCGUGAUUUACUUCAACGUUAGCGUCGUUUCCAAGCAGUUCUCUCUCUCCUCGUUCGAGACUCCUAGGGAUUGCUUGGCCGCUCCCAGCCCCGAUCUCCACAACCGUAUCAUCGCACAGCCUGCUCCCGAGAUUCGAUCCGGGAGACGUUGGUUUUGGCGUGAACGGGAUAAUGCUGCAAGAACAAUGUUGUAGCUUUUGGAUGGACAGACAAGCACGAUGCACAGUAGCUCAAUCACGUUCUGUGAUUUCAUAUCUUGUAUGUACAGGUCUUGUUUAGAGAUCAUAAAUUGUUUCAUUCGAGUGUGCGUUCUUGUGGUUGCCUGUGUAUUGCCGAGUCUUCAAACUAGUCGUUGGCGCCUCACCUGUCGGUGACACAAAUUAUGCGCGAUGAGAUCGGAGGGUUGCAGCCAGGAAGAGAUAAUCAUAAAACAUACUGUACAUCUGUUUUGUGGAGGCAGAUAGAGGAGGAGAGGACAGUGAACAAGCAAGGAUAUCUGGUUCGAGGAAUCAGGUGAUAAAUUUCUUUGCCACACAGUUUGUUACGACACCAUUAUUGAUUACGAAUACAGGCAAUUGCUGAAUUGGUUCUCGUUUUUGCAGUGUAAGAAAGAAUUGUUAGUCAGUGAGCUAUACAUGUUUGAUGGAAAUAAAUAGAAGUUUCCUUUUUUUCGCA